AUGAAUGUACGGGUGGCAGUCGCAGCUUACGGCAGCAAGUGGUGUAUAUGUGGCAGGGUUGUCGCGGCCUCCGCGCCGCCAGCGCGCAUGGCACUACCGCUUGGCGACGAAGGGCGGUUCCGCGAGAUGCUGGCGCAGGCGGGCGCACGUGCGCACCGGAUGCACCUGCUCGGCGUUCCGCCGACGUACUGGGCGGUCGGCGGCGCGACGCUGAUGCUAGUGGCCCUGUUGACGCGCGUCUACGGGUGGCUCUACGAGCGGUCGGUGCUGGUUGCGACCUACUGCUCGAACGUGCUUCUGUUCGGGCUGUCAGACUGCGCCGCGCAGGGUCUCGCUUGCGCGGCUACCGAGGCCUCACGCGCAGGCGGCCCGCUGGCCGCGACCCGCGAGCUGCUGGUUCAGUUGCGGCCGCAGCCGCCGGUGCGGCUGGACGAGGAGGACGAGCUGCGCGCGUUCAGCGACUACGGACCUCGGCCGGAGAGUCACAUGACCGAAUCUGAGGGUGUGUGGGUUGAAGAGGAGCCUCGGCGGUUCGACUUUUAUCGCUGGGGCUGCUUCAUGCUGUGGGGCGCGGUGAUGGCCAACUUCCAGGUACCGUGGUACCGGCUUCUAAACUACCUGUAUACAGACGACCCAACGGUGGUACAGGUGCUGGAGCGGGUGCUUUCGGACCAGUUGCUGUACUCGCCGCUGUCUCUAUAUUGCUUUUUCUGGUACUCCAACUACGUUAUAGAGGGCGGCACCGAGGAGACGUUUGCGCUCAAAAUCCAGCGUGUGUAUGUCAGCACGCUGGGCUGCAACUACGCAGUGUGGCCGUUGGUGCAAUUUCUCAACUUUCUUGUAAUCCCGAAAAGCCUGCAGGUGCCCUUCAGCUCCUCAGUUGGCGUGCUGUGGAACAUUUUUCUUUCCUUGCGCGCGGCAAGCUCGCGGGGUGAAGGUGAAUUUUAG